AUGCUAGGUCGAAAUGAGCUGAUAGCUCGCUAUAUCAAGCUGCGAACGGGGAAGACACGCACACGCAAACAGGUGUCUAGUCACAUUCAGGUUUUGGCACGUAAGAGGGUACGAGAAUACCAGGCAAGCAUCAAGGUCUCUAGUCACCUGCAAGUCUUGGCCAAGAGAAAGUCUCGUGAGAUUCAGACUAAGCUCAAGGCCAUGAACUUGGACCAGGUAUCCAAAGACAAGGCACUGCAGACAGUAGCCAACCUCUCAUCAGCUCAGAUAGUGUCUGCGAGUGUAAUGAAACCCCAGACUCCCUUCCCUCCACCAGUCAGAUUUUGGCCUGGCCCUAUGCCAGGACAGCCUGGACAUUCUCAGGACAUCAAGCCCUUUGCACAGCCACCAUACACUACACUACCAGCCCCUGUCCCUGCACCUAUCAGUUACGAGGCCUUGCCACCACCUCGUCCUGCAGCUAUAGCAGCUCCCGUAUGGCAAGACAGAACCAUUGCCUCUGCAAAAUUACGGCUACUGGAGUACUCUGCUUUUAUGGAGACCCAGAGAGACAGAGAGACGUAUAAACACCUUUUCGUUCACAUUGGGCCAUCAAACCCGGGCUACAAUGACCCAGUAUUGGAGUCCAUAGAUGUGAGGCAGAUUUACGACAAGUUCUCUGAGAAGAAAGGCGGCCUGAAGGAGCUGUACGAAAAAGGGCCACACAAUGCGUUCUUUCUUGUCAAGUUCUGGGCGGACCUGAGCAGUGACACUGAGGAGGGUUCUGGUGCGUUCUAUGGUGUGAGCAGCCAGUACAGUGGCACAGAAAACAUCACUAUUAGCGUCUCGACAAAAGUUUGCUCCUUCGGCAAACAGGUGGUGGAGAAGGUUGAGACCGAGUAUGCACAUUUGGAAGGAGGAAAGUACGUGUUCCGCAUCCAUCGUUCACCCAUGUGUGAAUAUAUGAUCAACUUCAUCCACAAACUCAAACACCUGCCAGAGAAAUACAUGAUGAACAGUGUGCUGGAGAACUUCACCAUUCUACAGGUGGUGUCCAACAGAGAAACUCAGGAGACUCUGCUGUGCAUCGCCUUUGUGUUUGAAGUGUCCACGAGCGAACACGGAGCACAGUACCACGUUUAUCGACUAGUUAACGACUAGCAGCAUGUUGCCUGCAUGCAGAGACUCUUCACAGACUUUUUGAUACGUACAGCAUAAACACUAUUUCCAGCUCAACACACAGAUUCCCCACUCCUCCACUCUAAACACACUCGUUUUAUCAGACCAACCGUCACACUGUUGUCAUACCUACGGCUUGUUUAAUGUGUAUGCGCAGAUCUCUCAGCGGCGUCCCGUGACUUUUUAAUUCGUGAAAUAACUGAAAAUAUGAUAGCUUAAAAAAAACAAAGCAGCAAAAGGGAUAAGCUUCAUUAUAUUAAGCUGAAUACUUCAUAUCCCUCCUCAUAUACACCAUAUCCAGUGAGAAUGUAGCGUCGAUGCAUUAUUAUUUCCAGGGAAUGUUCCAAGCAUAUGCAUUUUAUGUCAUAGGUGUGACUGAUGUGAGACGAGUUUGAAUAUAGUUUGUCAAACCAACCAUUUAAUCAGUGUUAAUGUAACCUGCCACAAUGACUUAUUUCUGCUACGGUUUGUGGUAUCUCUGCAAGGUACAAUUUGAAUGACCCUACAAUGGUAUAUCCUCUGUUACUGCUUAGUGUGAAAUCGUGGACUUCUGUUUGAUCCAAGGAUUUGCAGAAAGUAUGAGUGUGCCUCUUUUCUGAAAACAAUGCACUACAUGUAAAGACGUACAUGUUGUAUUUAUAUUUGAAACGGUGUCAUAGUGCAAAAGAGAGCCAUCACUUUAGGACUAUUUUGCUGUUGAAAGGCUUCCAGCGGUACAUGCUGUGGAGGGAAGAUCUCGAUCGGCUCACUUGUCUGUGGAAACAACGGAAUGAUGCACGGAGUUUUAAAUUCAGUUCACACUUGGGUGUCAGCAGCAUUUUUUAAUGAGAGUUAUCUUUACUGUUCCUAGACACAAUACUGUUUUGACUUUGACUGUGUGGGCUUGCUGCAGUAUUUCUACCUCCACGCGAGUUGGGAUAAGAAUGUGCUUUGGUUCAUAAAGCCUUAAGCUGAGGAGCACUGAUGUAUAGGAUGUGUACACUACUCUUGUAAUGGUACUGUUUAUAAGCCAAAAUAAGGCAAAUAGACUCGUUUUUGUAAAGAUGAAAUCUCUUUUUUUUUUUUGUACUUCACCAGCACAGCAAGAAGUGUUACUCUACACAUUUAAGUUGAUGGGUGUUGUGGUUGUAUCUUUUCUGAUGUAUGGUACAGACCACAUUAAGAUUAUCCACAGUGCACUGGGGUAGAUUUUUCCCUUUAUAACACUAACAAAAACUAUCCAGCUGACACUUUUUUAUUGUUUUGCUCUAUGUAAUGUUUUUGGAUGACUGGUACACAUGGUUCCAGCAUUUUUAUAUUAAAUCUUAUUUGACUCUAUCACGCCCUCUCCUGGCAGGAUUAUGUUUAACCACGUGGAAGGCGUUAAUUUGUCUUUUGACUUUCUAUUAUGACAGUAAGAGCCAUCUGGCUUCAUUUUUUAGAUAAGAUAGUCAUAUGAUAUUCACUGUGUGGUCAGCCAAAAGUGUUUUAUCUUUUUUCUUUCUUUCUUUCUUUCUUUGUAUGUACUCUGUUUGGCUGUGCCUCAUCACUCCUAUGGUCAAGCCUGCUCAGUGAAUUAAAUCUGUGCCUUUUAUGCUGUACCAAUAAACUCACAUGAUGGUUUCUUGAUAGCAACAUUUUGACAACUGCUUCAAAGAGAAAGUCAUUCUUCAGUUGUAAAUGAGUAGAUUGUAAGUGUUUUACACUAACUUGAGUUAAGAGGAAUGUCAUAUUUGACCUCAGGGCUGAAUACCCAGCCAGAAUACUUACAUUAAACUGUCAACUUCAUUUGCUUAGUAUCAGAUUAAAGCGUUUUGUUUUAAAUCAUAGCUUUUAUGUAGUCGAGCAAAGCUUUUGUAACUUGUUCAUUGUUGGCAUAAGAAUCGACGCUUUCAUUCUCUUCAUUUGUUCAGUAAAAAAAGGGUGUUUUGUAG